GUGCGAUUCUUUGGUCCCAAAGCUUCCUUCAAUUUCACGAGCGCCCUCCCUCUCUCUCCCUCUCAGCUACGAGAAUCUUUCUCUCUCUCUCACAGCUACGAGAAUCGUUUUCUCCCUCUUUAUUUAUAUUUAUUUGUUGCUUUUUUUUUUCCUCUUUUCACCUCUUCUGUGUUUCUUCGUCAUCGUUUUGAAGAUUUUGCUUUGUAUAUCUUCGGUUGUAAAUCGAAAUCCACCAGUUUUCGGGCGAAGGAAUUUUUUUUGUUCCUUUUUUCUUACAGGAGAGAAGUACAUUUCCGAUGCUAUUGAAGGUAGCGUCCUGAUCAAAGUGAUUCUUAUCUUGUCAGGUUUACAGAAAUCCAGAUUGGGUAAUUUUGUGGAGUGUUUGUAGGGGAAAGCUUGGGGCUGCCAUGGGCUAUGUUGUAGAAUUUUCAGGUUAUCUUGGUUUGAUUGGGUGAAGCGCGAGCAUCUAUUGAGGAGCUUGGGAACCUUUGUUCGGCUUACUAGAGGUUGCUGAGAAAUGGAUGGAAAUGCUUCUUGUGAAGACGUUGAUAACAUUGACUGGGAUACCGAAGAUGAACUAGAAAUUCAGGAUAUUCCUGUUUCAUCUUGUUCAAGGUUGACGCCGCCUGGUGAAGAAUCUGUUGCUGGCACGGGGGAGGCAAGCUCAUCAGUAGAUCCUUCUUCCCACUCCAAGUUGGUUCAUCAUUUCAUAGGGAUGGGGUUUUCUGAAAAAUUGGUUACAAAAGCAAUUGAGGAGAAUGGACAAGGCAAUACAGAAUCAAUUCUAGAAACUCUCCUGACAUACUCGGCUCUUGAAGAUUCUCCUCAACAACAGCAAUGCGUUAAUUCAGACAAGAGCUCUCCAGAAUACGAUGAGAGCUUUCUGGAUGAUCUUUCCGAUACAGAUAGUUGGGCUGAAAAUGAGUUAGCUGAAAAUAUGAAUUCAUUAUCUGACAAAGAUAGAACACUGUUGUCCCUGGUAAAUAUGGGAUACACAGUUGAAGAAGCUUCCAUCGCCAUGGAUAGAUGUGGUCCAGAAGCCUCGAUUGAAGAAUUAACUGAUUUUAUAUGUGCUGCUCAAGUGUCAAAGGAAGCGGAUGCUUAUCUACAAGAACUACCCUGUGAGGCCAAGCCAAAGCCAAAUAUAUUCAGUGGCAAUGGUAAACACAAGAGGAAAUUUUAUGAGCAUGAGUUGUGGAGAAAGAAAAAGCAGAAGGGGUAUCAAAACACAGCGCUGGAUGAAGACACUGAGAUGAUUCGUCUUCCCAUACCAAUGAUAGGGUUUGGAGUCCCUACAGAACCAUGUCCAUUAAUUCACAGAACUCUUCCAGAAGCAGCCAUUGGUCCUCCGUACUUCUAUUAUGAGAAUGUGGCACUAGCUCCCAAAGGAGUUUGGGAUACCAUUAAAAGAUUCUUAUAUGAUGUUGACCCAGAGUUUGUUGAUUCAAAGUUCUUCUGUGCAACUGCAAGGAAAAGAGGCUAUAUUCACAAUCUCCCAAUCAAAAAUAGAUUUCCUCUUCUUCCACUACCCCCACAGACAAUACAUGAAGCAUUACCAUUAACAAGGAAAUGGUGGCCCUCAUGGGAUCAACGAACACAUUUGAAUUGUUUGCAAACUUGCAUUUGUAGUGCAAAACUGACUGAGAGGAUUCGCAAGUCUCUUGAACCAUGGGAUGGUGAGCCACCAAUGCAUGUGCAAAAUUAUGUCCUUCAUGAAUGUCGUAAAUGGAAUCUAGUUUGGGUGGGGAGGAACAAGGUUGCACCUCUAGAGGCUGAUGAAGUGGAAAUGCUUCUAGGGUUUCCAAGGAACCAUACAAGGGGAGGUGGUAUAAGUAGGACUGACAGGUAUAAAUCACUCGGGAAUUCAUUCCAGGUCGACACAGUGGCUUAUCAUCUCUCUGUGUUGAAGGACAUAUUCCCGGGUGGCAUCAACGUUUUAUCACUUUUUUCAGGGAUUGGUGGUGCGGAAGUUGCUCUUCACCGGCUUGGUGUCCCCCUUAAGACUGUGGUAUCAGUCGAGAUAUCUGAGGUUAAUAGAAACAUCGUCCGAAGUUGGUGGGAGCAGACCAAUCAAAAAGGAACUCUGAUUGAUAUGACUGAUGUACAAGAGUUAAAUGGCGACCGGCUAGAGCAGCUAAUCGGUACAUUUGGGGGCUUUGACUUGGUGAUUGGUGGCAGCCCAUGCAAUAACCUUGCAGGCAGCAACCGGCAUAGCAGGGAUGGAUUGGAGGGUAAAGAAUCUUCACUUUUUUUCGAUUAUUUUCGUAUUCUAGACCUGGUCAAGUGUAUAAUGGGUAGCAAACAAUAAUUUUCAUUAGUAGGGCCAUUUUUUCCAAUCCUAUUUGUUUCAAAUUUCUUAGGUCCUCUUGACAUUUAAAGGCUGUUAAUGACUUAUCCAAGUUCCAUUCCUUGUCAAAGAAAACUGAAUUCUUGAAAAAGGUGUUGGGUGCUGUUUUUUAUUAUAUAUACUGGGAGUAACCUGUGUUUGAAGGUAC